UUCAUAUAUAUAUUUUAACAAUUUUCUCUGCUUGAACUCAGCUCUCAAGUCAGAAGACAUGGAUUUGGUUUCAGGAAAGCUUACUCUUUUGGUUUGUGUUUUGGCCAUCACAUCUUGUAUGCCCCUUGAAAAACUGCUACAAGUUGAAGCUUCAAGAACUAUACCAGUUCUCUGCACCCAUGACUACCAGUGCAAGCAAUACUGUGAAGGGGCAUACCGUUGCGAAAACGGCUCUUGCACUUGUUUAGAUUAUGAACAAGCUCAAGAAGAGCAGCCUAUUAAUCAAUCCACCUCGUUUUCAACUUGUGCGAGGGAUAAUGACUGCUGCAGAUCUUGCCCCUCUGUUUGUGAGUCAAAAAUCUGUGUUAGGGGCAGGUGCUUUUGCGAGUGAAUAGAAAUCAGUAUGCAAACAAGUUUUUAUUAAUUAUAUCAAGUGAAAUAAAUUUCCUUUGCAAUAGUUUGAUGAGAGUGCAAAACGAACCCAAUUUGGCCCAAAAGAUAGCAACAGCCGAACAGAAACAGGUUUAGAAGUAAUAGAAUUAAGCCCAUAAGGAAAA